GCCGGAAGUGCGUGCGUCCGGCGGAAGUGCUCCUCCGGCGCGGUCCUCCAGGCCAGGGCCCUCAGCCAUCUCCACCCCCAGGUGGUUUGAACUUUGAGCCUUUUGUAGUCCUGAUGAAUAAUUUCAUUUUCCUCAAGUUUAUGACACUCGAAACGUCAAGAACUGGAGGUUUGUGCAAUUUGAGACCGGUCAGCACUGUGCAGAGAUCAGAGUACUAAGAGACAGAGAUUAAAAUGGCUUCCAGAGGAAAGACAGAGACAAGCAAAUUAAAGCAGAAUUUAGAAGAACAGUUGGAUAGACUCAUGCAGCAAUUACAAGAUCUAGAGGAAUGCAGAGAGGAACUGGAUACAGAUGAAUAUGAAGAAACCAAAAAGGAAACUCUGGAGCAACUAAGUGAAUUUAAUGAUUCACUGAAGAAAAUUAUGUCUGGAAAUAUGACCUUGGUAGAUGAACUAAGUGGAAUGCAGCUGGCUAUUCAGGCAGCUAUCAGCCAGGCCUUUAAAACCCCAGAGGUCAUCAGAUUGUUUGCAAAGAAACAACCAGGUCAGCUUCGGACAAGGUUAGCAGAGAUGGAUAGAGAUCUGAUGGUAGGAAAGCUGGAAAGAGACCUGUACACUCAACAGAAAGUGGAGAUACUAACAGCUCUCAGGAAACUUGGAGAGAAGGCUCUGGAGACAAAAUCCUUGCUCUGGCAAGUUUUGAGGUUGAAAAAACAAAAAAAUGACAUGGUGCAGAAGCUUAUAACAUUGAUCACAUUCUUACUGUAAAUGGUGUCUUUCUUCUGGGGGUUUUCAGUUAUUGCAAAGAAAUGAAGAGAUUUUGGAAAUGCAUCAAUAAUCUAAGAAAAAGCGACAUAAAAAUAUACUUAUGGCUUGUGUUUAUGCUCUUUAUCAUUGUGCGUUGUGUGGGGUUACUUGCUUGAGUGAUCCUGAACUUCUUGCAACAGAGGAACUCACUGGACUCUGUUAUGAUUUGUCUGUUUAAGAGAGAAAACAGAAAGUGGACUUGGUUUUUAUUAAGACUGUUCGUUUUUAAGUGUUGAUAGUGAAUGAAAAGAUGUGAAGUAAUGAUAUUUUUCUGCUUAUAACUUACCCCCACUCAUUGGAGUGAACAGUGAAGCAAGCUCAAUAGACUUCAUAAGUGUUCAGAGAAUUUUAGAGUUCUGAGUGAUCUUAGGAAAUCAUUUGUUUUUACAAACAAGGAAACUGAGGUCCAGAAAGAGCACGCAACUUGCUUAAAGUUGCAUCAGAGAGCUAAGGGUAAGACUCAGGUGUCCUGACUCCCAGUUUAGUAUCUGUUGAAUUUUAUUUCUAUACCAUUUAAAAAAUAAUAAUUAACACUAUUUGUGCAGGUCAGUGUUUUUGAAAAUUCAGUGUCCCAAUAAAAAGUUGACUGCACACUAAGGGACCAUCCCCAGCCUGUAAGCUAUCUGUAUGAAUGGGGACCGUUGUAUCUCAGAAUUUUGAGGUUGGAACAAUGGGAUCCCUGUUGAGCGUCUCCUAAAGUGACUCAGCCGCCUGCGUUGUUUCACCAGGGAAGCAAUAGGAAAUGGCAGCUAGAGGCCCUCCCUGUGUGUGACCUCUUGUCACACUCAGAGGCGGGUAACUGUCAGCUGUUAUCUACUCUUCAGGUUUUGGAGAAACACAAAAUAAGUUAUGAGGAAAAGCAAAUUUCUCUCCUGAGUAUUUACAUGUCUCUGCAUAUGCUCAAAUAUGUAGAUGUGUCCAUAUGCAUGUAUAUUAGUUUAUUUCUUAGGCUCUGGCCAUUUUAUAUUCUUUCAUGUGCUUCUCAGAAUUCUUUUUCUUUGCACUUUAUACAAAUUAAAAGCAUUUUUAAAGCUUCUUCUGUACUGUAAAAUACUAGGUGCUUUGCCAACCAGACAGAUUAGAGGAUCUCUGCUAUAAUGAUGCCUUAUUUGGAACUUAAAAGAGGUGAAAUUCAUAUAUCAUAAAAUUCACCAUUUUAAAGUA